UGAAACGUAUCAUUGAUACUUUCAUAACCCACCUGCAAUUUGUCUUUUUUUCCCCUUCUGUCACUUCGCUUUCUAGAAUGAACCUCUCGCUUCGGAAAAAGGCACUAACUGAAAUGUUGUCAGAUCUUUCAAGUGACAAAAGUAACAACAAGGGAUAUUCAAAAUUUCACUUACUCAAAUGUUGGUCACCUGUAUGCCCACCAGUGUCAUCUCAUCAAUAGGUAACGAGAGAAUGUGACAAAGAUAAUUUUUUUUAAUUUGGACACUUACUCUAACAAGCGAGUUCAGAAAACAAAAGGAAAAGAAAAAUCCACUCCGGAAAGAUAUUAACAGAAUCUGCACAACCAUGGCAGGAGUGAUGACUACAAAAGCCUUUGUACUCUGUACCUUGAUAAGUCAGCUGUUCCUGGUUUUGGUUUUAGCUGGGAAAUCAAAACACUCCAGCGACCCUCUUCAAGAUUCGUGCAGUGUCCAAAACGGAAGAAAAGUCAGGGACUUGCAAAACGAUUGCAGUGCAGAUGGCAAGAAUUUCGAUUCUUGGGUUAGGCUUUAUACCACCAGUAAUGACUUAUACACCAAGUUCACGCCUUGCAGUGGGAGUAUUCUGAACGAGGAAAGGGUUAAAAUGGUGAUCAAGUUUUGUUACUGCUACAACUUUUGUGGAGCGGGCCAGACUCACAAUGGGUGUGAAGUAGAAGGACUUGAAGGAAGACUGGACCGGGGUGCCAACUUGUUCUCCUCGUACAAAGCAAUAUGCCGGAUUGAUUGUACACCCGAGGACAAGCUGGAGCGCAUUUCAACGCUUAAAAACGAGCUUGAGCAAGGCGAAGUAACUCAGGUGAUUUCACUGACAGAGGGCACCACUUCUAUUCAGACCAGCCAGACGGGAGGUACUUCUAGUACUACAAUUUCUGCCAAGAUUGGUUUAACUCUGAAAAAAGUCUUCUCCGCUGAACUUGGUGUUUCCCAUACGACCGAGUAUAACUGGGCUCAGAGCUCCAGCAGCUCGUUCUCUCGGCAAGUGAAACACGAAGCUCGGAUACCGGUGCAACCGGGUAAACAGGUCAGCGUCUGCCAGGUGAUAGGAAAAUGCAGUAACAGUGAUGGAACGGUUUACACCGUCAACACCAAGACUUUGGUUGUCCGUGACCAGCCAACCUGCGGCCCCUAGAUAUAAUCCAUGAAGGAACGAUAGCUAUUGGUGAAUUUUGACAUUUCCUUGUCAAAUGUGAAAGAGAAAUAACAGCAAUGCUUGCUGAAGUCAAGUGUGUCUUUUAAUCAUUCGUUUACCAAUAUUUAUAACCAAUUGAAAAGUUAAAGAGUUAUGCAGACCAAAGAGAGUGUUAUACCCCAAGCCGAACACUAAUUACGAUGGAUACCGUUCUCCGAGGUCCGUCUACAUUAUUGUUGACUACUUAUUAACCGAGAGUGAGGUAAUUACGGGAAAAUCUCAAACUGAAGUCUUGCUGUGAGGGGGGAGCAAGGGUAUUUUCGUGACGUCGUGAUCCGGUUUUUUGUGCUCUGUGAAUCGUGAUUUGAUAAAAAAGCUGUUCCGUGAAUCGUGAUUGAAGUGUAUUCCGUGAGGCGUGAAAUGCAAAAGUCCUUGGCUGUUAAUCGUGAAUACAUAAGAAAUAAAUCGUGAAUGUCUAAAGUUGAGUUCGUAGCUGAAUUUCAGUGCAUUGUGAGAUUUUUUCCGUGACCUCAGUGAAUUUAACGCUUGAGUCAAGCCGACUGAGAGUAGCGACAAACGAAACAUGUUGACAGGUUUAAAUAAACCCGUUGAUUUCCUGAUCACC